AUGUUAUCCGCCAGAAGAGUACUUGCUAAGAUAAACAGCCGUGGAUUGGCCACGGUGUCAGGGCUCACCAAGGAUUCUCUCGUUGAGAUGAACCUGUUGGAAAAGGGCAACUACAUUAAUUACAAGCAACAACUUGACAACGUCAAUAUUGUCAAGGAAAGACUGGGAAGACCUUUGACCUACGCUGAAAAGCUGUUGUACGGUCACUUGGACAAGCCUCAUGAACAAGACAUUGAGAGAGGUGUCUCUUACUUGAAAUUGAGACCAGACAGAAUCGCUUGUCAGGAUGCUACCGCUCAGAUGGCCAUUUUGCAAUUCAUGUCCGCUGGUAUGCCUUCUGUCGCUACUCCAACUACUGUGCACUGUGAUCACUUGAUUCAGGCUCAAAAGGGUGGUGCUGCCGAUUUGGAGCGUGCCAUCAGACUGAACAAGGAAGUCUACGAUUUCUUGGCAACCGCUUGUGCCAAAUACAACAUUGGUUUCUGGAAGCCAGGUUCAGGUAUUAUUCAUCAAAUUGUUCUGGAAAACUAUGCUUUCCCAGGUGAAUUGCUGAUCGGUACCGAUUCCCACACUCCUAACGCUGGUGGUUUGGGUCAAUUGGCCAUCGGUGUUGGUGGUGCUGAUGCCGUCGAUGUUAUGGCUGGUUUGCCAUGGGAAUUGAAGGCCCCAAAGAUUAUCGGUGUUAAGCUGACCGGUAGAAUGAAUGGAUGGACUUCUCCAAAGGAUAUCAUUCUGAAGUUGGCUGGUAUCACUACCGUCAAGGGUGGUACUGGUGCUAUCGUCGAGUACUUCGGUGAUGGUGUUGACACCUUCUCUUGUACUGGUAUGGCUACCAUCUGUAAUAUGGGUGCUGAAAUUGGUGCCACUACUUCUGUGUUCCCAUUCAACAACUCCAUGGUUGACUUCUUGGACGCUACUGGAAGAUCUGAGAUUGGUGAGUUUGCCAAGGUCUUCCAAAAGGAGUACUUGUCUGCCGACCCUGGUUGUGAGUACGACCAGGUUAUCGAGAUAGACCUGAACACCUUAGAGCCACACAUUAACGGUCCUUUCACCCCAGAUUUGGCCACUCCUGUCUCCAAGAUGAAGGAGGUUGCCGUUGCCAAUGACUGGCCUCUCGAGGUCAAGGUUGGUUUGAUCGGUUCUUGUACUAACUCCUCUUAUGAGGACAUGACCAGAGCCGCUUCUAUCAUUGAAGAUGCUGCCUCCCAUGGUGUCAAGGCUAAGUCUUUGUACACUGUCACUCCAGGUUCCGAACAAAUUCGUGCUACCAUUGCCAGGGAUGGUCAACUGAAGACUUUCACUGACUUCGGUGGAUCCGUUUUGGCUAACGCUUGUGGUCCAUGUAUUGGACAAUGGGAUCGUCAAGAUAUCAAGAAGGGUGACAAGAACACUAUUGUCUCUUCUUUCAACAGAAACUUCACUUCUAGAAAUGACGGUAACCCAGCUACUCACGCUUUUGUUGCUUCCCCAGAGAUGGUCACCGCUUAUGCUAUUGCAGGUGAUUUGAGAUUCAACCCAUUGACUGACAAGCUUAAGGACAAGGACGGAAACGAAUUCUUGCUUAAGGACCCUGUGGGAGUCGGUCUUCCUGUCCGUGGUUACGACCCUGGUGAAAACACUUACCAGGCUCCUCCUGAAGACAGAGCCUCCGUUGAAGUUGUCAUUUCUCCAAGCUCAGACCGUCUGCAAAGACUGACUCCAUUCCAGCCAUGGGAUGGAAAGGACGCUGAGAGAUUGCCAAUUCUGAUUAAGUCCGUUGGUAAGACCACCACCGAUCAUAUUUCUAUGGCUGGUCCUUGGUUGAAGUACCGUGGUCACUUGCAGAACAUUUCCAACAAUUACAUGAUUGGUGCCAUAAACGCUGAAAACGGUGAAGCCAACAACGUUAAGAACCACUACACCGGUGUCUACUCCGGUGUCCCAGACACUGCCGCCGCGUACCGUGACAAUGGUGUUAAGUGGGUCGUCAUUGGUGGUGAGAACUUCGGUGAAGGUUCCUCCAGAGAACACGCAGCCUUGGAGCCAAGAUACUUGGGUGGUUUCGCUAUUAUCACCAAGUCCUUCGCUCGUAUUCACGAGACCAACUUGAAGAAACAAGGUCUGUUGCCAUUGAACUUCACUGAUCCUGCAGCUUACGACAGAAUUCAACCCGAUGAUGAGGUUGACAUUUUGGGAUUGACCGAGUUGGCUCCAGGUAAGAAUGUCACUUUGAGAGUUCACCCUGCCGACGGCUCCCCAACUUGGGAAACUCCAUUGUCUCACACCUACAAUGCCGAACAGAUCGAAUGGUUCAAGUACGGUUCUGCUUUGAACAACAUGGCUGCCGUCAAGGCCUCUAAAUAA